CAUUCACACCACUGCCAUCAUCGUCGUCGUUUGCUCGUCGUCGCGCGUGUAUACAACAACACACAAAUUUCUUUUAUUUAUUUUGGUACUAAUAUAAAAUCACCUUUGCUCUCUCUAUCUCACCUGCUCCGAAAUUUUUCAAGUCGCGUACUGCCGACCGAGCUCGUUAAGGGAUCGUCAUCUCCUCUUCUCUCUGGUGUAAUUUUUAUUAUUAGUAAAAAGAACAAUAAUACACAAUGGCCAAGUACACAGCGGCCAAAUCGAACUACAGACUACGCUGCGAACUGUUGGGACACAGCGGCGACGUGCGCGCCCUGGCCGUCCACGGGGAAGGCGAUGGCUUGGUCUCCACGUCCCGAGACAAGACCGCUAUUUAUUGGCGUUGCGUCGAUGGCAACUUCGUCGCGCAGGCUGUUAUGACAGGACACAGUAAUUUCGUGAGCGCCGUUUGCAUCACCAAACCAUCCAGUAGACAUCCCAGGGGCCUGAUCGUCACCGGCAGCAAUGAUCAUCACAUUUGUAUUUACAACAUAGGUGACACGGAGCCUUUCAAAAAAUUCAAAGCUCACAACGAUACCAUAUCUUGCUUGAACGCCAGUAAUUUUGAGGAUGACGCAUUCAUCAGCGGUUCCUGGGACUUGACUUCCAGACUGUGGAGUCUGGACAAUUUGAAAGCACCAAAAACUUCCUACACCGGACAUGUUCAGGCAGUAUGGUGUGCCAUCGAUUUGGGCAACGGCAACGUUGUUACUGGAGCGGCUGAUAAAGCCAUCCAUGUUUAUACGAGAAGUGGCCAGAUUGUGCACAAAUUACAACAGCACACGGACUGUGUCAGAGAUUUGACACCCAUUAAUAAUAAUGAGUUUUUAAGUUGUUCCAAUGAUGCCAUAGUCAAACACUGGAGUGCAAUUACUGGUGAUUGUUUGGGUAAUUUCUAUGGACAUUCUAACUAUAUUUACAGCAUAUCUGCUUUGCCCGGAGGUGCUCUAGCAGUUUCAUCUGGAGAGGAUAAGACUGUCAGAGUUUGGCAUAAUGGAGAAGCAGAUCAAACAAUUGACUUACCAGCAAGAUCAGUGUGGGUAGUUAGACUUUUACCUAACACAGACAUAGUGUGUGGCACCUCUGACGGAGUAGUUAGGGUAUUUACUGCUGAUAGUCAAAGAUUUGCUGACCCAGAAUCUAUGCAAAAAUUCGAAGAAGCUGUUGCCAAGGAUCAAAUAAUUUCAGGUGCUGCUCAAGAUAAAGAUUUGAAAGCUUUUGAUCCAAGUGCUUUGCACGAACCUGGCAAAAAAGAUGGAGAUAUAAAAUUAAUUAAAGAAGGAUCAUCCGUUAAAGCAUAUUCAUGGUCUCAAAGAGAAUUAAAGUGGAAUCUUGUUGGCGAUGUGUUAGGCAAAAAUAAUGAAUGUGGAAAAAAAUUACAUAAUGGAAUUGAAUAUGAUUAUGUAUUUUCUGUUGACAUUCAAGAUGGUGUGCCACCACUUAAACUGCCUUACAAUAAGGGACAAGAUCCUUUUGUAGUAGCUCAAAAAUUUCUUCAUGAUAAUCAGUUGGAACAACAAUUUUUAGAACAGGUGGCUAAUUUUAUUAUCAAAAAUUCGGAAGAACACACACCUGUUGUGAGUAAUCCAUCACAAUACUAUGAUCCAUUUACUGGUGGAAACCGAUACAUACCCCAAGGCUCUUCACAAGGUACACCUGGACCUGAUCCUUUCACUGGUCAAAAUCGUUAUGUGCCUCCAAGUUCUCAACCUGCACCUCAACCUACUCCUACUUCAUCAGCAGCAAGUUCACUCAUACCUCGUAAAGAUUAUUUGAAAUUAGAGCAAGCAAAUUUAAAAAAUAUUUUAGAUAAACUAAAAGGAUUUAAUUCAAGCGACACAGUUGGUUCAUUAAACAUACCUAAUGAUCAUUUAGAAUUUGUUGUUCAAUUAACAACUAACAAUUGCAAAGAGGUCAUUGAUGCUGGCAUAGUUGAUAAGUUGAUGCACCUCCUAAGCUGGCCUGAAUCUGUAGUUUUUCCGGUAUUGGAUGUGGCUCGCUUGGCAGUAUUGCAAAAACCUGUGAACGAUUGUCUUUGCACAGAUAAUCUUAUUAAAGCAAUCAGCCAGCACUUGGAAAAAGAUGCGAUUGAAGCUAAUCAAAUGCUAACAUUUAGACUAUUAGCCAACAUGUUUGUCCAUCCUCAAGGAGAAAAACUUGGGCUCAAAUAUAGCGGCGAAAUUUUCAAAGCUAUAAUGCAUCUACCUUCCCUCCGAGGAAAACAUACUCAGGUUGCCAUCACAUCGUAUCUCUUGAAUGCGGCGAUAGCAUUAAAUCGAGCGCACAAUUCACCUGCCAAGGAGCAAUAUUUCACGGUUUUGCGUACCGUUUCACCUUUGAUCGAAGAAAAAGAGGCGAUAUUCAGAGCCCUCGUUGCUCUCGGCACAUUGUUGUUUGAUUCGGCCAGCGACGCGAGCUUGAUCGAAUGCGUAACGACUUCGCCAGAAACAUUGGCCUUUGUAACUAAAGCGAUCGAAAGUACAGAGAGUAAAGUUGUCGAUGUAGCCAGAACUAUACUAGAGAGAAUCGUUGGAUAACAUUGAAUUGUUGAUGAAAUUUUAAAGACAGAAUGUGAGAAUGUUAACAGUUGAUUAUAUUAUGCAUAAUUGAUCAUAAUGAAAAAAAAAGGGAAGAGGUCUAGUCAACGUUUUGUUGAUGGUUGUAACUAUUAAUGUAGAAAUCUCACUAAUGACAACUCUUUUAAGUCAAAUUUGAAUUGAAUUAUUUUAAUGGAGAAAAAAAAACAACAAUAAUUCCUUAAUCUACUUAUCAAUAUUAUUUAUUUGUAAUUUUUUUUGUAAUUUGACGAAUAAACACGUCUAAUAUACGAUGUUCAGUGCUGCGUGCAUUUUUCAAUCUCUAUUAGCUUAUACUGCAGGUAAGAAAUAUGUACAUAAAUAACAAUUGAAAGAAUAAAAAGUUUUUAAAUAUUUACGUAAA